GCUCCGGAUAUCGAAUCGGAUCCCCAUCGCCGUUUGUUAUCAGAAUCGGCAACUGCACCGCUUUUGUGUCGCAGCAGAUUGAAAGUUCGUUAUUCUUUAAGAAGUUCGUAUAAUUGCGUAAUUUGUUUUGAAUUGGAUUUGGUUUCUUCGUUGAUUGAUUACAAUUGUAGGGAAUUUGGUUCUGAAAUUGCUGAAAUUUGUGUUGUUUUUGUGAUUCUGUUUAACCUUUAGGUCUGUUUGGUGUGUUAUUGCGUGAAUUCUGAAACUUUUGAUUUCAUGGUAACGUGCAAUGAAUUGUGUGAAUUUGUGGUGCAUUGCGUGGUCUGUGGUUUAUUUGAUUUGGUGAAUUGUUGAUUGGAUUAGACCCGCUGUAGUAUUUAAUUUUGUGAUAAUUUUAGCUGAUUGAGUGUGAUGUAAUUUGGUGGAGGUUGUUGCUAAUGACGAUAAUGAUUAUGUUUUUUAUUUUUUUUGAACAAACGAUAUUAUCUAAAUUAAGAGGAGGGGUAGGUUUAGCCUCAGGAUGAGCUAGCAAUGAUGUGACAUAGCAUGGGCUAGCAAUAACGCGGUUGCCCAUCGUCUAGCUAGAUUUGGUCUUACAGUUUCCCAUGAAUGUAUUUGGUUGGACUAUCCAUCGACCAUAAUUUUGGAUAUCCUCCUUGAAGAUUCUCUGCCUUAGUGUACCAUCUGUAACGACCUUUGUUUAAUGAAAAUCAUCCAUCGUUGCAUUAAAAAAAAAAAAAAUAUUCGUCUUCGGUGAGAAUCGAACUAAGACCUCUAACUUACAAGGGAGAAGGAAUAUCACUAUACCGUAGUACUAAGUGGCACGAUAGUACUAAGUGGCACGAUAAUGAUUAUGUUUGGUUUGCUAAUUUUCGAGAGAAAUGUUUAGCCCUGCUUGAAAUUUUCGUAUGGUGAAGACAUGCUGUUGUAGUUUCCGAAUUUGGUUUAUUUGUUGAAACGUGAGCGUUACUGAAGAAGUGGAGAAUGAGCGAAUUUCGAGUAUGGACACAGUGAGCGUUCCGUGAGUGAGUAUGAUGUAGUAUUUGACGGUUUUUCUACGGCAGUAUCUGCAGGGCUGUUGUAUCCGUUCUAGAGGUGAAAUCGCCAAGUGCAGAGCGUAUAUGCUUGUUUAUCAUGGUUCUGAUUGAGGGGUUUGAAUGUCUUAAAAAGUAAAAACUGGGUCUUCAAAGCUCUAUCCCAAUGUGGCUUCUUAUAUUACAAGUUUGGUCUUGUCGCCACUUCUUUGUUGUCACAGCAUUGUGAGUUUGCCUUGUAUCUGAAAUUCCUGGUGUGGCAUGGUUUUCUGGGUUGCCUUCAUCCAUCCCCCCAAACUAGUGCUAGUCGAGCAUUGAUUCCCUCUUGGUAUUAUGAGUCUCAAUGCUCAUACUCUGGUCAUUAGUCUUUCAAAACCUAUCAAUUUGCAACUAUGGUAGUGAGACGGGUUUGGCACCCAUUCUUUUGGUUAGGGGGUAUUAUUCGUGAGGCUGUGAAGGCGGGUUAUCUUCUAUCAGGGAAGUCAAGAGAUAAAGUUGUGAUUAUUUUUGUAGUUCACGAUGUUGAUAAUGAGAGAACUUAUAAGGUUCGAGCAGAGCCACUCAAAGUCUGAUGGUAUAGUGCUUUAAAAUUUUGCCUGUUGGGUGAGUUCAGUACUCGAAGCAGAGAUGGUGCGGAAUUCCAAUUGAGGUUGGGGCGUCAAGUCGUCAUGCCCAGUCUAGUUGGAUUUGGUUAUGAGACUUCUUCAAGGAAUCAAGUGAUGCAUUGUUAUUUCUUAUUUUCCAAAGAUGGAAUCUCUGGAGUUCCCGAGCGCUGCAUUGUAGCUAUUGUUUAUAUAUCUACUUGUUUUGAUGAAUCCUUCUCUUGGGGAAAUGCUGAUUGGAGCUGUUCAACCUUGCUUGGAUUUGUUGUUGCUGAUUUCAAAUGCCUGCAGCAUUAUAGAAGAAAGCAGUGGCAUGCGGUGUUUGCGUGCCUUGAUCGGGUGACUAAAUGCCUCUGAGGUUUAACAAGUGAUGCUAAACUUUGUACGUGCAGGUGCUUUAGGCUUAUUUCCAGCUUCUAAGUUUUGCCAUAUCCGUUUGGAGAUAUGCAAGAUAUAAUGGUUAGGCAGAACAUAAUGGGGGAUGCCCACUGUAAUCUAUCAAAUGGCGAGUAUAAGCUCAAACUUGAAUCGAAGGUUACUGGGGAGGCCACUGAAUUGCUAGAGAAAGGAUACAUGCAGUAUGGAUGUCCACACUAUCGGCGAAGGUGCAGUAUUAGAGCUCCUUGCUGCAAUGAGAUUUUUGAUUGUCGCCAUUGUCAUAAUGAAGCUAAGAAUGAUAUUAGUGUUGAUCAGAAGCAUAGACAUGACAUGCCGCGUCAUCAAGUGAAACAGGUGAUAUGUUCACUUUGCGACACUGAGCAAGAGGUUCAACAAAUUUGUGUCAACUGUGGUGUAUGUAUGGGGAAAUACUUCUGUGAGACUUGCAAGCUAUUUGAUGAUGAUGCGGAUAAACCUUUUUGGUUUUGUUUGCAGGUAUCUAAGAAACAGUACCAUUGCAAUGGCUGUGGGAUUUGCAGAAUUGGGGGGCGCGAGAAUUUCUUUCACUGCUACAAGUGUGGUUGCUGCUACUCAGUGCUGUUGAAGAACAGCCACCCCUGUGUGGAGGGAGCAAUGCAUCACGACUGCCCUGUUUGCUUUGAGUUCUUAUUCGAAACAAGAAAUGAUGUUACCGUCAUGCCAUGUGGGCACACAAUUCACAAGAAUUGCUUAAAAGAGAUGAGGGAUCAUUAUCAAUAUGCUUGCCCUCUUUGCUCCAAGUCAGUUUGCGAUAUGUCUAAGGUAUGGGAGAAAUAUGACAUAGAGAUUGCAGCUCAACCGAUGCCUGAACCCUAUCAAAACAGAUUGAUUUCGAUCCUCUGCAACGACUGCGGGAAAAGCUCACAGGUGCAGUACCAUGUUGUAGCCCGGAAAUGUCUGAACUGUAAAUCUUACAACACUCGCCAAACGAGAGGCUGAGCUGGUGGCAAUGUGGUUGCAAUCAAAUUGGUUUUGGCAUUGAUUAUCCUUGUGCAGCUGCGGAUGUGUCACGAGACUCGCAGUCGCAACAAAGGCUCCGGACUCUUUUGAACCCCCUGGCCAUAUCGGUGGUGGAAAGAAGGGAAUUGUGGUCCUCCGUGUUGUCUUCUGUUGGAGUGCUCUGGCCGGGGGUGCACCGUCGUGUUUCAUUUGAUUCUAUUUUCUUGUCAUGUUUUUGUAUGUGUUGCUUUCCUUCGUAAUUAACGCAAGAGUAGCUGUGAUGGUUUCUCAAGUUACCGUCUGAAUGUUCUUUUCUCGUUUCUCUGUUUCGAUUUUGUGUGUCGUCCUCGUCUGCCCUGUACAGCCAUUUUAGUCUU